GCUGGGCCAGCUCCCCGAUCUUGACGAAUUGGAACCGUGGGGUCUGAUAUAGGAAUAACUGGGCUUGUAAGACUGCAAAGAGAAACACCAGGAUGGAUGAUAGAGUUAUCAUUUUUCACCCACUUUUCUUUGUGCCGAAGUAAAGCAGAAGGAGGAGGUUAAAGCAGAAGGAGGAUUACCUGUGGAGGACAAGACGAGGAACUUGAAUAUGAAUACCAUCAUAACUGAACGCAGGCAGCUUCCAGAUGUGGAAGCCAAAGAACAUCACAGCAGGUGGGGCAACAAAAAACCGAUUCGCCACUGGGUCUGCUUCGGAGUCGUCGCUGAGGAGGACUAGAAGAUGUUGUUUCACUUUGCUGGGAUGAUGCUACUUUCUCUGCAUUCUGCUGAAUCACAAAGGAGCGUACAAGUCCCACAAGAGCUGAGGGAGAUCUUGGCGUUUCCUGGAAAAAAUGUCACCAUCAGCUGCAGCUUGCCUUCUGGACAGCAGGAGAGGCAGGUGGUGACUUGGUAUUUAGAGCAGCAAGACCAGAGGCUUCACAGGAUAUUCCUCAGUGCAUCCUAUACACAUUCUGAUGGGAAGUACUCAAGUCCCUCAAGCACCGACUUUUCUCUGGUCAUUAGCCAUUUGCAGAAGAAUGAUUCGGGGGUUUAUUACUGCGCUGCACCCAUAUACGGGAAAUUUGAAAUCCUGAAUAGAUCAAGACUGAUUGUGGUGGAUCCUUCUCAGACACAGCUUUUCAUGCUGGUGCCUUCCUCUUCUUUGGAGAGAGCUCAGCUUAAUCACAGCUUCCCUCUACUUUGCCUCCUGUGGGAUGCAAACCCUUCUUGGAAGUCUAUUUCCUGGGAACCUAGCAGGGAAACAUCUCCUGACCCCAUGGAUGUUGGCACGUUGGACGAGAAUGGAGUCUUUAGUGUCUGGAGUUUACAGCUGUUUCCUCCAGCGGCGUGGACACAAGGAAUAGGUCCUGGCUGUUCGGUCCAAGCAGACAAAAACAUCAGUGCUGUAUUCCAGAGGAGGCACACAAAGAGAGUCCCUUCUACAGGAAAAUGCAGCACCCUGUUAUAUGUCGGAGUGCCCUCUAUUGCCAUCCUCCUGUUGAUCCCACCCUUCCUCUUCCUCUUCCGAAAGCGUCUUGCCAAAGGUAAUGCAGCGGAGAGAGCUUGGUGUUCUGGGCAGUCUUUGGCCAAGGUUAACCGAAGUUUCCUCUUUCUUUGUUUUCCUCUGUGCAGGGAAGGCAGAGCGAUCAGCGAGGCAGGUUCUCAUGGGGCAGAUCCUACAGACUGAUUACGCUGAAGUAUGUUCCAACAACCGAAAUGUGCUCCAAAUGGAUUAAUACCGAUUCCUGAUAUGGUUGACGAGUAGAAGAGAAGACAGAAAGCAAAUUCCAGAGCUUAGUAUAUUUUAAAUGUAUUAAAUGCAAUAUUUUACAUUACCCAA